CCGGAAGAAGAUGCAAAGUAAGGGGAAGAAAAAGGCCAAUGAAAUCAUCCAUGCAUGGACCAGGUCUGUCGUAAACCAUAUGUGGUUUGCCUGUGCGACAAGUAUGGGUGACGUCAAUGCAUUGAAAUGCCGGUGGAAGUCCAUUACACACCACGUAUGUAACGUGCAUGAGUGGACAGAUGAAAACGGAGAACAGUAUCGGUGUGACCAUGCUCCUCUAACAACCCAGGAGCAAAAGAAGCGCAUGUGGAUGAAAAAAGAUUCUCUGGCAUUUCAGAACCUGUCAUCUCUGGUCCUUGACAAAAGGCUUCUGAAGGACAUGGACAAGAUGGCACUGUUCAAACAUACAGGUCCACUUGAAGUCUUCCACAGUGCACUUCUAAAAUACCUACCUAAACGCCAGGCAUUCUCAUUUCAGGGAAUGAGGGAGCGAUGUCACCUUGCCAUCCUAGAGCAUAAUGAGAAUAUUGUCAAGAGGAAGCAGGACACAACCAAGACAGGACAACCACGGUUUAAUCAAGUCUACUGUAAGAGAUCCAAACAGUGGGUCUUGAAGAAAGUCUUCACACCACACACCACAGAGUUUAUAGACACACUCAUCAAUAAGGUCAUGGAUAGAAGACGCAACCCAAACAUUCAGUUUACCAUGCCAACCUCCUCACUUGCCCUGCCACAGCCUUCACUGCCACCCAAUAUUGCACCCGUGCCCAAACCACCAAAGGAGGCUGCCAUAAGUUCUUUCCAAAGCCGCUUCUAAGAUGGAGAACCAAAAAUGUCUAUCUUAUUUAUUUUUAACAUGUACCUUUUGACUAUGGUGGCAGAAUAAUUUUUGUGUGUGAAUAUUAUUAAAACAAAUUUUCUUACACUUCUGUG